AUGCCAUUCAGGAAUCCAGAGUACCAUGUGCCUGGAGCACCAUCACUCGAAACUGCCGCUCUCAACCAUGAAUCCGCCGUCAAUCCUCGAGCAUCUCCACCACUGCACGCGCAGGCCAUCUGUGGCUAUGAUGAACUCUGCGGCCAUACCGCCCGCGACAUCGACGACCCAUUAGGCUUUCCUCCAUCGCGGCGGCAGAGUGGACACAAGAGACGACGGCCGUUUGGAACAGGAGCCACUCGAACCAUAGAUCCUCCGCCGAGAAACGACGAAAUCCCGCCGCCCAUCGCAAAAGAAGAGCGGAGCGUGCAAAAAGCGAAGGGGAAAAAAGUUCAUAGAGUUCUCUCGGUCGCUUUUGCCGAUGUCUGGAUUGAAGGGCUAGAUUGCACUUUCCGCCCUGCUGUCCCUUUUGUCCCCUUUUUCAUUGCGGACGAGUUUACGCAGAAUCGUCCCUCAGUCUUCAGAUGGAGGCAUCUUGAAUCCUCUCAAUAUCGCCACGUUAUGAUGUUACGCCCGAGUCCUGGUACGUUGAUGCAGAAGACGUAUGAUGAUUGCUAUUUGACAUGCUCGACUGCUGUGUAUUUUGAAUCAAAGAAUAAUGAAGAAGAGGCCCUGCGGUCAUGGAGAGACGCCCUUGAAACCAUAUGCCGCCACAAUGCUUCGGUAUCAUCAAGCUACGUUCCGCAGAAUGAAACGGAGCGCGCCCUACAAAAGUCGAUACAGGAACUAGAACUGCAGUGUAAAGAGCGUAUAGACCUGCUUGAAGCUCUACGAGAGAGCCGAAGGACAGCUGGAUUAGAAACGGGAUUGAACGCAUUGGAAUUGGGGGGCAGAUAUGACACUGGAGGACAUAAUGCGAACGCAGGGUCGAACAGCGGCAUUUUUGCGAAUACAGGUUGGAUUGGGGAUGGGACGAUUCCGUCCCUAGGUUAUCCAGACCUUCCACGACCAAGUUUACCUCCUCGAAUCCAACCUCGCGACACAAACCAAGGGCAUAGUACCUCGACCCUACCAACAAUCUCGAGGACCACGAGUUCUGAGAAAAAGAAAACGCUUUUGCCGACAUUGAGAGGAAGUAAAGACAAGAAAUCUUCGCCUGAGAACAGGAGUGGCUCGCUUCACAUAUCUCGGCCAGCUGCCUCUAAAGCGGCAGAUCUAGCAUGGAAUUCCUCGCAUGCCCGGCCAUCGGCGCCUACCAUGACCCACACCUCACCUGCGAGUGAAUUCGCUAGUAGGAAAUGGGCUGAAUCGAGUCCGCGAUCAGAGUCCCAUUCGAAGAAACCGUCAGUUUCUGCUGUUGACUUUGCCUCAGGCGCUGCGGCGGCCGCUACCCGUCGGCCCACAAAUGUUGAGUCGACGGCCGAGAACUUAAAUGCCUCUCAAACAUGGGACCGGAAUCUGGAUACAAAAGAUAGCCCUUACGCGAAACGUUCGCCUAUGUCGAAAUCUGCUGCCCCUGCUGCUGCGUACCCGACCUAUCGAAAAGAGUACCCUGAAUCCAGACACACACCAGCAUCCGUCCCUACAACUCAAGAUAAAAAGACGAUGUCCGCAUCUCAAAGGCAUGUUCACAGCCCGAGAACAUCACCUAAACAACCACGAACCCCCGGAAGAGGCCCGCCCUCCAAUCCUACCUCUUCUAAGAAAAGGAGCGAGCAAGCAUGUAGGCCCAGCGCCACAGGUAGUGGUGACAGAUCUGAGAGACCGAACAUUAAAGAUAGGCGCUCUAGUUCUGGUAGAGGUCUAGCUACACAUUUGGAGAAGGAUCAAUCAAGGCCAUCAUCGAGAAUGUCUGGGGCUGGAAUCCAACCGGUUGCCGAUGACGAGGAGGACCCGUUCGUCGAGGAUAUGGAGGAAGAUGAUGGGCUCGGCGACAUUUUAAACAAUCUUCCUAAAGGUGUCGAUCGCGAUGCUGCCGGCCAAAUCUUAAAUGAGAUUGUUGUCCGGGGCGAUGAGGUGCACUGGGAUGACAUUGCUGGGUUGGAAAUUGCAAAGAAAGCUUUGAAAGAAGCUGUUGUUUAUCCCUUCCUUCGACCAGAUCUGUUUAUGGGUCUCCGAGAGCCCACGAGAGGAAUGUUACUUUUCGGCCCCCCUGGAACUGGGAAAACCAUGCUUGCAAGAGCAGUGGCUACGGAGUCAAAGUCGACAUUCUUCUCAAUAUCAGCUACGAGCUUGACAUCCAAGUGGCAUGGAGAGAGCGAGAAACUUGUGCGGACUCUAUUCGCUUUAGCAAAAGCCAUGGCGCCGUCAAUCAUAUUUGUGGACGAGAUUGAUUCUCUCCUCGCGUCUCGCGCAUCUGGUGACCAUGAUGCUACUCGCCGUUCGAAAACGCAGUUUCUCAUCGAAUGGUCUGAUCUUCAGCGUGCUGCUGCCGGCCGGGAACAGACAAACAAAGAGAAUCCCAAAGGUGAUGCAACGAGAGUUUUGGUGCUUGGUGCAACCAAUAUGCCAUGGGAUAUUGAUGAGGCUGCUCGACGUAGAUUCGCUCGCAGACAAUAUAUCCCUUUGCCAGAAGAUGAUGUGCGAAAACUGCAAAUUCAAAAGCUGCUCAGCCAUCAACAGCAUGACUUAUCGGAAGAAGAAUUUGAUAUUUUGGUCAAGGCUACUGAUGGGUUCUCCGGCUCCGAUAUUACAGCGCUCGCAAAAGACGCUGCUAUGGGGCCUCUCCGAAAACUUGGGGAAGCGCUUCUCGACACGUCCAUGGAUGAAAUAUGUCCGAUCCGCUUCAGAGAUUUUGAAGCGUCCCUUGACUCGAUCAGGCCUAGUGUUAGCCGCGAACGGUUAAGCCUUUAUGAAAACUGGGCACAAGAUUUUGGCGAGCGUGGAUCUUAG